GCGUGGCUUGUUAAGCCGCACUUUACUGCGCGGGACAGUAGUGGACGGUGCGCGUGUGUUUUUUUUCUUCGACCUUUGUCGGUGUGCUUGGGUAAAGUGGAAAGAAAACAAACGUUUCUAAACAAAAACAAAGGCAACGAGAGAAUUUAAUUGCGGCUUCGUGCACUGUUCACUCUUAUAGAUGUGAAUUUUAACCAACGAGGAAAAAGUUCUGAGAAAGUUUUCAAAGUAGAUUCUGCGCACUUUGCUGUUGGAAAAGUAAAAGUUUCUUCUCUCUAGGUAUUCACUGAGUUUGACCGUCUGCAAAAGUUUCUUUGCAAAUUCGUGGAAAAAAGUUCUUGUAGCAAUUUAUGAGCUGCCAGAAUUGCAAGGAUUCAGUUUGAUUCAAAACGACUCCUGCAGGUGUUCAGAUAAUAAAUGUUGUGAUGCAAGUGGAAGAGUGCAUUUAAAAAGUUAUUUACAAAUUGCGGAGGAUUAUUACGGUAUUUAAAUUACUUAGCACUGAAGCUAAAUCGGGCUCCUAAAAUCGAACCGGCACAUUUGGUACGCUUGGUAUUGAUACCGAUUGCGUACCGACCGGAAUAGUUUCUGCCUAUUUCUUGUGUUUUGGAUGGCCAACACUGAUCGUGCUUUAUGAAGAGUGAGCCAUAUCCACUUGAACAUUCCCUGGCCAUGCAGUACGAAGAUGGUAUGCCGCAUUAUGGCGGGAUGGACGGCCCAACGUCUCUUUACGAUCCGCACGGGCACAGGGCUAUGCAGCCCUUGAGUCACGCGCCCCACAUGAACCACACCCCCUCUAUGCAUCAGUACCACAGUAACCAUGUGUCGGGGGUCAUGUCCAACCACAUCAUGGGUUCCGUGCCGGAUGUACACAAGAGAGAUAAGGAUGCCAUUUAUGGGCAUCCUCUGUUCCCUCUGCUGGCGUUGAUCUUCGAAAAGUGCGAGUUGGCCACGUGCACCCCCAGGGAACCUGGAAUCGCAGGGGGAGACGUCUGCUCGUCGGAAUCUUUCAACGAAGACAUCGCAGUCUUCGCCAAACAGAUUAGGCAAGAAAAACCCUAUUACUCACCCAACCCUGAAUUAGACAGUCUUAUGGUUCAAGCAAUACAAGUUUUGAGGUUUCAUUUAUUAGAAUUAGAAAAGGUCCAUGAGCUCUGCGAUAAUUUCUGCCAGCGAUACAUUAGCUGUUUAAAAGGCAAGAUGCCCAUAGAUUUGGUUAUAGAUGAAAGAGACAGCAAACCCGGUGAUCUGGGAGAUAAUAAUAACAACAGCAGCAAUGGAGGAGGGGGUGCCGGUGGCGGCAACAGUGGUGCCGGGGGCGGCAGGGGCAACCCUGACACGACGGGGCACAGUUCCGAUAAUUCCUCCACUCCUGACCAAUCUUUCUUACCCUACCAGAGACCGCCAUCUCAGUCUCUCAAUUCAUACAGCACGGGACCCGAUGAUGCUCGGUCCCCAGCGGGUUCCACGGGCACCCCUGGUCCUAUCUCUCAACAACCUAGCUCUCAAUUGAGUACUGACAACAACAGUGAAGCUGGUGACGCUAGUAUCGGCUCUGGUGAUGGAACAGGAGAAGAUGACGACGAUGAUCGGAGUAAAAAACGUCAAAAGAAAAGAGGUAUAUUUCCUAAAGUGGCCACUAACAUAAUGAGAGCAUGGCUAUUUCAACAUCUCACGCACCCUUACCCAUCUGAAGACCAAAAGAAACAGUUGGCUCAAGACACAGGUUUGACAAUACUCCAAGUCAAUAAUUGGUAA